AUGUUCAACAAAAGCUCUACUACUGCGUCCGAGACCGAGAAGGUGUCGUCGAAGUGCAACGCCAGCGCCCGUGGCAUCUCAGGUGAGACUAUGCAUACAGAGAAGUCCCGUCCCGUCAGCGGCCACACCCAAGCCUUCAAGACCGUAGCUACUCGUCUCCGCCCAGACCUUGUGGCAAUCAUCAACUUCUUCAAAUUCCAGGGAGGAGAACAGGAAGAAGAUCAGCAUGGAGUGCAGGAGAUGUAUCCUGGAGAAGCAGCUUGGGAUGCUUUUGCGAAGGAACAUCUUGGACCACGGGUGAUCGGUGAAUACGUGAAGGAUGGAGAUAGGUUUCGGAUGGUCCAGCGUGUUUGGGGGUCAUAA